UUUUUUUUCUCUCUCCAUUCAUUCACAUAGGCCUUUUUGAUGGUUAGUCCCACAAGCACAGAAAGAGCACUUGGUGCAUGGCAGAGGCUCACAGGCCUAGAUGGGUUGCAGGUGAGAGUCAUUUGCCUCCUGUGAGCCUUGUCUCUAGCCCCCCCCCCCUUUUUUUUUUUUUUUCCCCCAAAGAGUGCAAGAAAAAGAAAGAAAAAGAAAGACUGCACCGUCCUUUUUCUACCCAACAGAACCACACCUAAAUUGGCCUUUAGGAAUUCUCUAUAUGGAUCCGUCGGUGAAAGCCCCCUUGGACCACUAUCAAAAGUCUUUUCAAGGUGUGUAGGCAUAAAGGCGCAAUGGACUUCACAAUGAACAUGAUGGAUAAUGGUCGGGCCAUCCCUACGUCUCAGGCCGCUGCCGUGGCUGCCAUGGGUGGUCAGGUCGCUUACCAGGCGCACGCCGUGAGUGUGACCCCCACGGUCAGCCAGCAAACGCAGCCACAGCCACAGCCGCAACAGCCACCCCCGCCAGCACCGGCACAGCGAGGCAGCCUGCACGAGAGUGACGGUGGGGCGGGACUGGGGGGGGAGGGCAAGGUCCAGGAGUUGACCAAGGACGACUCUCAGGGGGCCUUCACCCCCCCACCCCGGGUCUCUUCCGUCACGUCACACGAAAGUCGUGUUGAGAAGGGUACCGACACCAAUGACUUUGAACCACUGAUCAAGGUUGAGAUUAGAGGGGGGAUUCCGGGGCUCAAUAUUGGCGGCGAGAAGGACAAAAAUAACAUUGUCCAGUUACACUUCAACAGUGUCAACGAGGUGUUGCAUUACUUUUCGCAGCGGUCAGUGCCACAGCACAUUGAUGCCUUCAAUCUUCUCACCAACCCAGACCUGGUGCGCAAUAUCAACCCCGACCUGGUGCGCAACCACUUCCUGUACGUGCCCAACCCUCAGGAGGGGGUACGGGUGGCCUCCAACGGUUACAGCUCAGGCGGCUCCAACUCGGCCCAGACCCCUCCAGCCCAGGGGGGGCCUGCCACCUCACCUGUAGUCGUCAAGCAAGGCUCCAGCAGCAGUGGGGGCUACAGCAAGCAGGGGGACCGACGGCGGGAGUCUGGCCAGUCGAGCUCCAGCACCCUUGCGCCUGGCUCCCUCAUACCCCGACCAGGAGUAGACCAGUCAGGAGCAUCUUUUGUUUGCUGGAUCUGUGGCUUGGACCUGCAGAAAUCUCUGCAGUUUGAGGAACACAUGGUGGAUCAACAUAGUGUGGAUAAGCCCUACCGGUGCGAUGACUGUGGAGUCACUUUCAAGCGCAAGGCGCACUUGGACCGGCACCGGCGGAUCCACUUGCCCACACGGCCCUACCAGUGCGCAGUGUGUGGCAAGGGCUUCACGCGAAAUGAGCAUGUGCGCCGCCACUCCUUCACCCACUCAGGAGAGAAGCCCUAUCACUGCCCCACCUGCAACAAGACCUUCUCACGGCGGGAGCAUCUCACCAAGCACCUGCUGAGUCACACCAAGCCUCCAGGUCCUCACAGUCCUCCUCCAGGCGGUCAUCCUCACACCCCAGGUGAGUAUGAGUACAUGUGCUCCUCACCUGCGGAAUCACCCAACCCCCCCCAGCCACAGCUGACGGCGACGACAGUCUCAGCCAUCACAUCCCUGGGAGGGGCAGCACAGAUCCCGUCCAGCCUCCUGCAUGCGGCUGUGCCCCAGCUCCUGCCGCCCUCCUCGGCCCACAGUUCCAAGCACCAGCAGCCCCACCACCGCCUGGCUGCCCACCAUAGUCAAGGUUUGGCCACAACGCUACUGCUGCAAACCACGGACCAGAAUGGGCGGCUGGUAACCAUCAACCAAGGGAGCAGUGGAGCUGUGCCCACUUCUGUGGUGACCACCUCGUCCAGCAGCCACCAUGGACCCAGCAGCAGUGGCCACCAGGGCAGUAGUGGUGGCAGUGGCUCAUCACGCGGCCACAACCACAAUGGGGAGCCAGUGCCACGCCCCUACCAGUGUGGUGUGUGUGGCAAGGCUUUCAUCCGCAAUGAGCACCUGCGGCGCCAUGUACUGACCCACUCAGGCGAGAAGCCACAUGCCUGCACCACUUGUGGCAAGGCCUUCUCACGCAGGGAGCAUCUCACCAAGCACAUGCGCUCACACAUAAAGCCCUCAGCCAGUGGUUCAACCCAGUCCAGCUCACAGGCCAGCCACGGUUCCAUCCAGGUGGGCGUUUCAGGAAGUGCAGCAACACCCCAGGCUACCCUCACCGUGGCGCAGUCGGCGGCUGUCUCCCUCCCUACUGCAAGUGUUGUGGCCUCCAGUGCAGCCCACCAGCAACCCCCACCAGGUGUAGCUCACACAGUGGCUGCCUCGCAUGGCACACCUGUGGCCCACGCCGCACACCUCCCCCCAGGCACACACUACCUGCCCAUGUUUGGCCUGCUGGCAGAAGUCGUGUGAGGGAAUCAGUGUGGCUAAAUGACAAACGGUAACCCUCCACAGCUCUUGGUCCUGUUAGUCAUUUUGUUUUUUCAUGAUUUGUGUUCCAUCAUUGUCAAACUUUAUUUUUGUUUCUAUUUUGUUAAGCCUUUGAUAACGUCAGCAGCGCUUGGGCACAGAGAAAGGAGAGUGUGGCUUGCCCAGACCACCCUUAGCACCAGUGAGGCCAUGCACGAGUCUCCUCAGGGACUCCCGAGAUGCCAGUGCAAAUGCCACAGAAAGGCCAUGCAAUGAAAGGGACAGUGCAUGCUGACUGAUGCAAUGGCCAUAGAGAGAGAGUGAGUGAGUGAGUUAGUGAGUGAGUGAGUGAGUGAGAGAAAGAGAAAGAAAAUGUUGUGCCAUGAUCUCCUCCUUUGUAGCUGUGACUGACCACUCGCCAGAGAGAGAGUCCUCUAUUUCUCAUGUUGUCUGUCACCCAAACAAGCCUCGAUGCUUAAAACCCAUCAGAAAUAGAUACAUGUUCAGCCCUUCCCUCACUCCCUCCCCUAUCCCCAUCAGACUCCCAAGACCAUGCUCUCCCCUCCUUCCCCUCCCAACCACUUAUUACCACCAUCCUUGUCUCUGCCCCAAUCACAUUCCAGUUCCUUUACAGUCAUCUUUUUGGCCACUUAUUCACAUAAAAAGGGAGGAGAGGCAUUGUUAUUAUAUAUUUCCCCCCCCCCCCACCUUUUCCCAGUGUAGCACUACAAAACAAUGAUGAACAAGCCAUCACCCGUGUCAGAAAUCUUGUAAAUUUUUAUAUCAACCAGUUUUAUGCAGUCCUGUGUACUUAGAGUAUUUGUACAAUGAUUGAGAUAGAUAUUUUCCUGACUGUUUCAAAAAAAGAAAAAAGGUAAAAAAAAAAAUAAUAAUAAUGAAUAAAAUGUCAUCUGAUGCACCCUGCCAAAGUUGAGAGAGGUUUUUUUUUUAUUAUUGAUAAUUUUUUGGCAAAAAAUGUAGAUAUGAUGUUAUGUAAAAAAUUAUAAUAAUA